GCCACUUCAGUUUCUUGCUCUUACCACCAAUGGCAACACUUGUCAAACCAAUUACUUAUUUCAUUCUGAUAAUUUUAACGACAUGUAGCCCAACUCAAGCUAGAGAGAGCAAAUUCUUCUCCAAAUAUGCUCACCUAGCCACAACCAAUUUUGUGUCAGUACCUAGUAGUACUAAUCUCAAAAUAGAUGUCCCCUCAUCUCCAUCUCCAUCCUCAGCUCCCUCCCCAUCCACAAGCCAUAUCAGUGGCGUCCCAGCGGGGUCGCCCACGGCCCCCUACUCCAGCCCAUCCCCGUCCCCUACAACCCUCGGGGACGAAGAGAGCCCAUCCCCGGCCCCCACCAUUGUAGACACCGAAUACAGCCCGGCACCUACUCCUACCGGGGCCGGAGAGAGCCUUGCCCCGACUCCAGAGUACAGCCUGGCACCAACCCCUAGUGUGACAAGCUCCAGAGAUAGCCCUGCCCCGGCCCCAUUUGAGGACGGGGAAGAAGAGGAGGAACUGAACAACAACAACAAGUACUACUAUAACAACAACAACAAAGAAGCCUACACAUAUGCGAAGAGCGGGGCACAAGGCAUGAGUGAUACGAGAAUAGAAGACAACAAGUACUACUAUGACAACGAGCAUGAGCACGAAAGCCAACCAGAGGGGAUGAGCGAUUCGAGAAUACAAGGCAGCAGUGAGUACUACUACAAUACCAAGCACGACAGCUACAGCCGUAGUGGCCGCGAAAGCCAACCACAGGGGAUGAGUGAUACGAGAAUAGAAAACAACAAGUACUACAACUACAGCCCAGUGGGAGGCGAGAGCAGCAAUGAGGAGGGAUACUACUACAAUGGGAGCUACAACAAGUCCAAAUAUGAGUUCGAUUCGAUGGAAGAGUAUGAGAAACAGCAGGGUUAUGCAGAUGUUCAACAGGAGUUCAUCAAUCCUUGAACCAUUUAAGGGUAUCUUUUUGGUGAUGACACAAGAGUGUGUGGUUUCAAAUUUACUUGCAAUGGGGUUCUGUUGUAGACUAAUACUUCCAACUUCUUUGCCUUUAUUGCUCUGUUUUUCCCUUUGCAUUGGGCAAUUGCCAAGUUGAUGAAUGGAACUUCUUGCAAUUAAUUACUCUA